CGAAACAAGUCGUCGAUUGCAAAGUCUCUCUUGUCCAAGGUGACGAGCAGGGGCGACGCGCCUCAGAACGACGUGCCCGACUCUCCUACGGCAGACUCUCUCGAACCGUCCUCGCCCGCCAUGCAAUCCUCACGGAACUCGUUCCAGCAGAGCGCCAGGCCAGCCCCUCACCUGGUCACCACCAUGACCAACUCCAACCCCGACUCUGCCUCCCAAUCGCCAGCUGUUCGUUCCCCGCCAACAAAGACUCCAAUGUCUCAACCUUCGACGACGUCAAUCGAACAGUCGGUCAAGCUGUUCAAGGUCUUCGAAGCCUUGCGACAGGGAGACACGGCCGGCAUCAACAAACACUUGCGCGACGACUCGACCAAACUCGAGGGCAACACCAUCCUGCAUCUCGCUGUGCAAUGCGCCGAGCCCUCUGUCGUCGAGUAUGUCCUGAGUAUGGGUCAGAACACCUUAGACAUCAACGCUAGAGACCGUGACGGCAACACUCCUCUACACAUUGCUUCGACUCUUGGCCGUACGAGCGUCAUCAAGCUGCUCCUCGACCAAAAAUCAAUCAACGAGUCUGUCACCAACUUCCAAGGAAAGACUCCGCUCGACCUCGCCCGCAGCCCAGAAGUCUUCCAGCUCCUGCAGCUUGCUCGCUCCAUCUUCAUCGAAAGGACCACUCACAGAAUCCAGCACCUAAUCCAAUCCGCCGAUUACGGUACUCUCGAAGAUGUGCUUGCAGACGAUCACGUUCGUCACGUCGUCGACAUCAACGCCCCCGAACUGGCUACUGAGCCUCAGACGGUCGAAUCUGGCGGUACACUGCUGCACGAGGCCACUCGCAAGAAGGACACACAGCUCAUCCAGAUACUGCUGCUCAACGGCGCCGAUCCUUUCCGUCGUGAUCGUAGAGGCAAGCUGCCUCAAGAAAUCACAAAAGACGACCACACCAAGCAAAUUCUGAAAAAGUCACCCGCUGCUGCUGCCGCUCAGCGUGGCGUCCAAGAGAAGGCCAUACUGGGCACUGGCGAAGGCCCACCAGAGAACGCUCUGAGCGCAAAGGAAGCACGUGAGAUGAAGGGCUACCUGAAAAAGUGGACAAACUACACAACUGGAUACAAACUGCGGUGGUUCGUGCUCGAGGAUGGUGUUCUGAGCUACUACAAGCACCAGGACGAUGCUGGCUCUGCUUGCCGUGGUGCCAUCAACAUGAAGAUCGCCUCUCUGCAUAUGGACUCCAAGGACAAAUUGACUUUUGAGAUUCAUGGCAAGUCGUCUGUCAAGUAUCACCUCAAGGCGAAUCACGAGGUCGAGGCAAAGCGCUGGUUCUGGUCUCUCAACAAUGCCAUUCAGUGGUCCAAAGACGAGGCUCGCGAAGAACAGAAGCGUCAACGUCAAGAGGGCGACGCCUUGCGCCAGGCUGCUGCAGACAAGCACUCAAUCGCUCCUUCUGCUGCCGACUCGUCGACCCUCGCACCGACCGUGAGUAGCGACCGUCGUACUAGCAUUGCUCAAACCGCCGAUGGAGAGACUUUGUACGGCGACGAACUGACAAGAUUGACACGCCACCACACUUUCGAGACGGACGGCGAACGCGACUUUGAAGAUGAGGAAGACGACUACGCUGAUGACGAUAGCGCUCAUGAGGUCAAGCCCAUCAACAAGGACGCCUUCAACAUCACCGCUCAGUCGGCCAAGCUUCAACUGGACUUGUUGGCCUCUGUCUCGAAUUCCUUGCAACAAGAGAAGACCAACAACCCCACCCUCCCACUAGGCCAUCCUGAUGUUGAAUAUGCUCUAGCCUCCUACGAUACUGCUGUCGGUAACCUCAGAGGCUUGCUGAUUGACCUUCUACGCAUCUCCAAGGAUCACGAUGCUUACUGGCAACAUCGCGUGGACCGAGAAGCACACAUCCGCAAGCUGUGGGAGGAAAGCAUGGCCCGAGUCGCCGCUGAACAAGAAGAUCUAGAGAAUCGUAUUGGUGAAAGCGAAGACAAGCGCAAGAGGACCAAGCGUGCCCUGAGAGACGCUCUCGAGGGACAAGGCUCAGGUACCGCAAGCCGUGCCCGCAGCCGUAGAGGAACUACAGCCACUCAAAGCAGCAAGCUCGCUGCCGCCGUUGCAGAUAUACCUGUUGCCGAAGAUGGCACUGCUGCUGCUGGUCCCCCUUCUCCCACUUUGAGUCGCAGGCAGACUCUUGCAGACAUGACCAAUCACGAUGUCUCCGAUGAUGACUCCGACAUGGACGAACAAUUCUUCGAUGCUGUCGAUGCUGGAGAAGUCGAGGUUGUUGGUCAAAUGCCUGUCGCAAACACACCUCAAACCAACACUGAAACAGAGGAGAAAGCUGCGCCUAUCGAAGACAAUGCUUCUACUGCAAUUCAAAAGUCGUACAAAGGUUACGAGGACCCUGUUAGAUCCAAGCUUCCUAUUGAUGCCGACAAUCGACCCAAGGUCUCGCUCUGGGGUAUCCUCAAGAACAUGAUUGGCAAGGAUAUGACCAAGAUGACUCUUCCCGUCACCUUCAACGAACCUACCUCUCUUCUGUAUCGUGUUGUUGAGGACAUGCAAUACACUGAGCUUCUAGAUACUGCAGCCGAACGCUCUGAUUCUGCCGAGAGAAUGGUUUAUGUUGCUGGAUUUGCUGCUUCGGAAUAUGCUUCUACCAUCGGCAGGGUUGCAAAGCCUUUCAACCCUCUACUGGGAGAGACUUUCGAGUAUGUCCGUCCCGACAAGGGCUACCGCUUCUUCAUUGAGCAAGUCAGCCAUCAUCCACCAAUCGGUGCCGCUUACGCCGAGAGCGCCAAAUGGGAGUACUAUGGUGAAUCUUCUGUGAAGAGCAAGUUCUACGGCAAAUCAUUCGAGAUUAACCCUCUCGGUACAUGGUUCUUGCGUCUGAAGCCCACUCAUGGACCAGAAGAACUCUACACCUGGAAGAAGGUCACCUCAUCUGUCGUGGGAAUCAUUACUGGUAAUCCCACUAUCGACAACUACGGCUUGAUGGAGGUGAAGAACCACACCACCGGCGAAACAGCCAUCCUCGACUUCAAGCAGCGAGGCUGGAAAGCAUCAUCUGCCUACCUCGUUGCCGGAAAGAUCACCGACGCAAAGGGCCAUCGGUGGCCGCUGGAACGACAAAAUUUAUGCUCGACCCACCCCGGCUACGAAGACGAAAAUCUCGGCACCUCGACCAAGUCUCAGGAAUCCAAUCAGGCGAUCUUGGUUUGGGAGGCUGGGCCCCGUCCUCAAGGUAUUCCGUUUAAUCUUACGCCUUUUGUUAUUACUUUGAAUGCUUUGCCGCAACGGUUGCAACCCCUGCUUGCACCCACCGACUCGCGAUUCCGACCUGAUCAGCGUGCUAUGGAGGAAGGUAGAUACGAUGAUGCGUCUGAGGAAAAGAGUAGAGUGGAGGAGAAGCAACGAGCCAGACGCCGUGAGCGUGAGGCAGCGGGCGAACACUUUGAACCCAGAUGGUUCAAACUCGAGAAACAUCCUGUUACUGGAGAAGAGUAUUGGCGCUUUGGCAAUGAGUACUGGGGUGUCAGAGAUAAAGUUGCGAGUGGAGAGGGUAGUUGGAAAGAAUCUGGGCUGGAGGAGAUUUACUGA